UGACGUCAGUGCAGGAGGAGUCAUGCUGCAGACACAGGCUUCUUCAAUGACAGACACUGCUAACCAGAGAGCACUUUAACCCAGGGACUGACUCACUAUGGCUGCUGCAGCAGAGGCUCACAGAGUGCUGGUGUAUGGAGGAAGAGGGGCGCUAGGUUCCAAGUGUGUGGAAUACUUUAAAUCCAAGAACUGGUGGGUGGCAUCCAUAGAUGUAACAGAGAAUGCUAGUGCUAGUGCUAAUAUUGUGGUGAAGCUGUCAGAUUCAUUUACUGAACAAUCUGAUCAGGUCACAUCUGCUGUUGAACAGCUCCUGGAUGGCCAGCAAGUGGAUGCCAUUUUGUGUGUGGCUGGAGGCUGGGCAGGUGGCUCGGCAAAGGCGAAGUCCUUCUAUAAAAGCAGUGAUCAGAUGUGGAAGCAGAGUGUUUGGACGUCAACCAUCUCAAGUCAUCUUGCAACAAAGCACUUAAAGGAUGGGGGUUUGCUUACACUAUCUGGGGCAAAUGCAGCUUUGUCCGCAACCCCAGGCAUGGCAGCUUAUGGCAUGGCAAAAGCAGCUGUACAUCAGCUUUGUCAGAGUCUUGGUGGUGAGAAGAGUGGAUUGCCUACAAAUUCUGCUGCUGUUGCUAUCCUGCCUGUUACCUUGGAUACGCCUGCCAACAGAGCAUCAAUGCCAGAAGCAGACUUUAGUUCCUGGACACCCUUAGACUUUAUCGCUGAAACGUUUUAUAAGUGGACCAAUGGAAACAACAGGCCAAAAUCUGGUAGUCUCAUCAAGGUGGUCACCGAAAAAGGAAAGUCCGAGCUAAUUCCUGCUAAUUUGUAAGAUGAAGUAAAUCUGUGAUGAAUUGAGUCUGGAUUUAGUCAGACCCCAUCUACAACCCUCACUUAUGUUGUAUGAUAUCCAUUCAAUUUACUGUCAACUUUUUGUCUAGUGUGGUUAAAUAGCUAUUUUACGGUCUAUAUGGACAUAUUGCCAACCCAAGUAUUCAGGUAUGUGUUCUCUUAAAAAGUGUAUUUGUAGUUCAACCAAUUCGAAGGUUUACAUUACAUUAUUUCUGUUGUUUAAAUAGCUUAUGACCUGAAAGAGUAAUGAAACGAAAACAUGAAUUUUUGUUUUUCCUGAAAGUCAUGUUUUUAUUAAAACUGUUCUCAGAUAUAAA